AUGUUCGCAAAAGUCUUGACGCUCUCUGUUGCCUUCCUUGCCACUGUCGGUGCCGUCCCCCAGGAGAGAAGACAAAUCGACAGUGUUUUCAACUCAAUAACAUCUGUAGCCGGGUCGGCAUUUUCAGUGGGCACCGCAGGAGCUGCAUCCGUUUUUGAUGAUGCAACUUCGUUUGGCGGCAGUGUGGCUGCAGACGCCACGAGCGUAGCUGGUUCCGUUUUCACCGAUGCUACAUCAUUUGUUGGCAGCGUUGCCGGAGAUGCUACGAGUGUAGCGGCUGGUGUAUUCCAGACCGUUGUUUCCGGUGUACAGGGGGCGUAUACCGUUGUCACCAGCGUCGGUGGCGAAGCCAUUACUUUGACCAACGUUGGUGGUGAAGUCGUGACAUUCGCGGGAUCUGUCUAUACCAGAGCAACCAGUGCCGCCGCAUCGGCUGCUUCCAACAUAAACUCUAAUGCUGGUGUGGCCAUCACCCCGCUACAGUUGUCGUCAACGGCCCUCGUCUGCACGUUUACAGUACUCCUCAGCGCGUUCAGCGGAACGGCCAUGGUUCUAUUUUUGUAG